AUUAUAUGUAAUGACAUUGUUUGCCACGAAAAAAACUAUGUAGUGAAUCUUUUUAGAAACUGCGUUACCCACUCCAGUCAGCAGACGGCGAAGUCUUUCAGGUGAUGCUUCUCGCGUGACGUAUAAUGUAGUGGACACACGGGUUUCCACUAGUUACCACAGCCACAAUGUCAACAUUGGCUAUAUCGAAAGAUUAAUGAAAACAAACAUUUUCUUUUUGGUCUUAAUUUAGGGUGUGGCAUAAUGUUAGCAAUGUGGUUAGCGUUAAGGUUGAAAUCUAAUUUUAAGAAGAUAAAUUGUGGGAAUGGGUGGGGUUUAUGACUUUGUGGCUGUGGUAACUAGUGACGACCGACUGCGUUGGACGCGUCUUCAACAACACCGCUAAAUCAUCUCUGUAGCUUGUUAGCCAACAUGAAAUACAAACAUUGAAGCUCUGUAGACCAUUUUUGUGUAGCUACACGAAUCUCGGUGAUUUAAACACAGUUCUUUUAACGUUUCUACUAGUUCAAUUAAACGUGAUUUGCUUGCUAAAUUUGCACAUGUGUUACCGGGCCUAGCAUUAGGGUAGUCGCUAAUGCUAACUAGCUAACAUCCCUGACAAUGAGUUCACUAAGCUACUCUCCCCCUGCUAAUGAAGAGGAGGUCUGCUGGACGGAGAAAGCAGCUCUGGGGAUGAACAUCGUCAUUAAAGAAGAAGAGGAGGAUAUUACAGUGAUAGGAACGGAAGAAGCUUGUCGAAUUAAAACAGAGGAAGUGGGGAUAGAGGCUGUCACAGUGGAAGAAGAGGUAGAAGCUUUCAGAAUAAAAAAGGAGAUGGCUUCCUCUAUCACAUUGAAAGAAGAGCCUUUUGGAGUGAAGGAGGAGUCAAUAACAUUGAAAGAAGAGAAACCUUUUGGGGUGAAAGAGGAGGAGGAGACAGAAGAUCCGGUUAACACUGAUCCAAAAACGAGGCAAUAUGCAGUUUCCUGGCCCUCCCAGAGCUCUACAGUGAAGGAGGACAUCAGAAAGAUACAGGAAGAAGCUAAUGUGACACCCGUGUGUCCCAGACAGUUUGGUGGUGAUGACGAUGCUAUUCACUGCGACAAAGAAUGGGACGUGAAAGACAAGGAUUGGUUUCCUAGCAACAGGCUGAAGGCGGAGUUGGCUCCAGAGAGCCACACCCCAGAGCAGAGGGGGAGUGGUGACAUGUCUUUCCCUCUCCCAGAGGCCCCAGGUCGUGCCUCUCCCACUGUUGCCUUACUGUGGGGUCUGAAGAGGGUGUCUGUGCGGCUGGUCGACUGCAGGAAAACACCGGGUCUGAGUGGAACUGUGAGAGGAGGAGAAGAGGGAGAUUCAGAUUCAAACCGAUGCUGGACCUAAGACUGCACUCAACAAACUGUAUGAGGCCAUAAGAAAACAGGAAAAAGCUCAUCCAGAGGCGGCGCUCCUAGUGGCCAGGGAGGGAACUGCAGGGAAACUUAAAUCUGUUUGAUCUCAUUUCUACCAGCAUGUUAAAUGUGCAACCAGAGGGGAAAAUUCUCUAGACCACCUUUACUCCACACAGAACGCACGGGGACUGGUGGUGUAGUUGAGUGAGAUGCCUACCUCUACCAAAAGACAGUAAAUGUCCCUGCUGUUGACAAUGGGACCAGUUUAUUCCGAUAAUGGAGGAGGUAGAACAUCAGACUGAUGACGGGUCUCACCCUAGAGUGGAUGUUGAGGGGAGAAUAUCUAGGUCAAGGCCAACGACGGGUCCUCACCCUGGAGUGGAUGCUGAGGGGAGAACAUCUAGGUCGAGGCCAACGACGGGUCCUCACCCUGGAGUGGAUGUUGAGGGGAGAACAUCUAGGUCAAGGCCAACGACGGGUCUCACUCUGGAGUGGAUGUUGAGGGGAGAACAUCUAGGUCAAGGCCAACGACGGGUCCUCACCCUGGAGUGGAUGUCGAGGGGAGAACAUCUAGGUCGAGGCCAACGACGGGUCCUCACCCUGGAGUGGAUGUUGAGGGGAGAACAUCUAGGUCAAGGCCAACGACGGGUCCUCACCCUGGAGUGGAUGCUGAGGGGAGAACAUCUAGGUCAAGGCCAACGACGGGUCCUCACCCUGGAGUGGAUGUCGAGGGGAGAACAUCUAGGUCGAGGCCAACGACGGGUCCUCACCCUGGAGUGGAUGUUGAGGGGAGAACAUCUAGGUCAAGUCCAACGACGGGUCCUCACCCUGGAGUGGAUGUUGAGGGGAGAACAUCUAGGUCAAUGCCAACGACUGGUGAUCCCAGCUUUUGGUGGCAGCAGUUAUAUCUAACUACCCCGACCCCAACAGCAGUUAUAUCUAACUACCCCGACCCCAACAGCAGUUAUAUCUAACUACCCUGACCCCAACAGCAGCUACAUUGGAUUCCAGGAAGCUGAGGCUCAUAGCGUCUUAUACGAAUAACAUUUUCAAUAAAUAACAUUGUAGUUAAAAAAAUUAUGAACAAUUUAAUGCACAUCAACUACCUAGUACCCCUACACUUCAACUACCUAGUACCCCUACACAUCAACUACCUAGUACCCCUACACUUCAACUACCUAGUACCCCUACACAUCAACACAGUACUGGUACCCCUGUGUAUACAGCCAUGUUAUUACCUCGUACCCCUACACAUCAACUCAGUACUGGGACUCUGUGUUUACAGCCAUGU